AUGGUGAUGAAGGCAAGCCAUAUUUUCUGUUCUCUUGUUUUGGUUUCUCUUUUCUUUCGCUCGGUUCUUUUUUUCCCUCAUGCUUUGUUCUCUUCCUCGCGCAGGGUGUGUUGCAACUUGGACAGCGAUGGCGGUUUCCUGAUUGAUUUAAACGGGGGCCGUGUCUCAUUCCCAGCCCGUUUUGUUUGCGUGAAGCUUCUUCUCAAAGCGCGUAAGGAAAUCCAAGCUUCGUUUUUUAUUUCCAGGAACGAAAGAGCGGUUGUUGGCCAGCGGCGUGGGUGUUCUAAACACCACGAAAAACGCGAAUUCUUCCGGAUGAGCUCAUCGUUUUGCCCUUUUUCCCUUACGAUAUCCGGGUCUACUGACCUUCAUUUAAACAGCCGAGAAAUUUGGCCGCGUUUGUGAUGCAAGCAAAGCCAGCCAACAAGCAAGCCUCCACCAUCGCCGGGUAAAAACAUUUGUUUUUCCACUUCUCACUCACUCCAGUUUUUAACCGAGGGGAGGAAGAAUGUCGACAAGGAUGGAUUGUCCUUGAAAGUGAAGGGAAUCGAACCCUGUCAACCCGGAAAAUUAAUCCCGCGGCCGUGGGGCCGCCGGGGUUUUGUCGGAGAUGCAACGACAUGGGACCCGAAAUCAUAUCGGACGCUGAUGCCCGAGCCACUGAGGCGCGCACACGUGGCAGUCCACAGGGGCCGCAGUUAAUGCUUGGGUCCCGCCACGUGCGCGCUAGAUGCUGGGUUCCAGAAGGCUGACGUGGCCAAACGGUUUUUUUGCCCUGGAGGUCCCAGGCUCGAAUCGCAAGCGCGUCGGAAGGGAUCUCGCCAAAGUUUAAAAUAAUCGCAACUCGCAACGUUUCGCUUGUUGACAAGAAUUUUUUUUAUAAUCUUGUCAAUGCAACUUGAUCGUAUUUUUUGUGGA